AUGGCCUCCUGGAUUCUUACAUUGAUUGGCUCUGAUGGCAAGACUAUCGCUAGCCAGUCACAAGAAGUUGAUUCACUUACCCGCGAGACGAUCUUCGUAGAGGAAGCCCCGAAUGGCGCCUUGAAACUCACCAAAUACUUUGAUAAGACUCAGGUUAGGUACGACUGGGUGUGUCAAUUCGAAUUCGAGGGAGGCGCGAUCAAGUUCAGUUCGGAUGUAGUGGACACAGAAAUCGUGCCAAUCUCGCCUGCUCAUCAGCUGCUCUCUCGCGUGAGUCUGCCCUUCUCGGCAGAUGACAGGCACUACUUCGUCCUCUUACGCAACGGAGAUGCGAUUGAGUUUGAGCACAAAAUAUUUCGUAUCGAGGUCUCGUUUGAUCCUACCGGCUUGGAUGUACAAGUUGAGUCUUCCGGCCCCGGAGUCGAUUCUCGCAAGAUCAAGCGUGAAAGAAUCAAGGAGGAAGAUGACAGCGGCGAUGAUGAUACCGACGACGACACCGACGAUGAGGAUGUUCAACCACCGAUGAACGCCCGUCGUGAUAUGUCAGCCGAGGAGUCACAGCACAUGUUCUCAACCAGUCGUGAGAACCUGAGCCCAACGCCUCGUCCGGUCACCAGUGAGUCUCAAAUAGUAAAGGAAACGCCCAACCGUCGCCGAAUCAGGUCGCAACAUGAGUCGAUUAUUCCUGAAAGUAUACCCUUGAACGAGCCUCUGUCGCCCCGAUCAGAAUCAGCCCCUAAUGGAGAUGGCUUCGAGGGCCCUGUCGACGUGCUGCCGGAUAUCCACACCGGCGAGCUACCAAACACCUCUCCUUCAGAGGUACUUCAAUUCCGUAUACCAUCACAGCGCACUCUAUCAGUCAAUGAUAGCAUCACUGUCGAAGAAGUUGGCACGCUGGUGUCAAAUUUGAACGGGAGCAACCCUCCUUCGCAAGUGCCACCGCCUGAUUCCCCUCCGAAGAAAAAGUCGAGGCUCAGUUCCUUUCCAAGUCAGCUAUACGAGGAAUCCUUGAUCGAGGAGCCUCUGGAGGAUACAACCUCACCAGAGCCCCAGGCCAUCCCACCGUCGGUAGAGCCGGCCAUCAACGAACCCGAGAGCACGGCUUCGCCAAUGGACAUCAUCAACGAUCAGAUCACAAACAACAACCAACCUGCAACGGCCGAGGACGCUGAUGAUAUUGCCAUUACUGUGCCCAGCCCGGCCUUGCUGCAGCAGCCAUCCGCAGAGAAUACAGACGGCGACGACACAGCUGCUGCUGCGCCCAGUCCAAUCUCACCCCACGGCGAAGUGAAAACCGCUACGAAUAGACCUGGUAGAAAGAGAAAGACCGUCUUGGUAUCUGCCUCGGUCACUUCGUCAAUCAAACGAGCCAAAAUCAUCGGAGAGACUGUCAGCACCACCGAAGCAACUCCGACAGGUACCGCCUCAAAACGCGGCUCGGGCAGAAGUAAGGGCCUCGAAACGCCCUCGGGAUCUGCUCCUACACGCAAUUCCUCGCGCAGAAAGAGUUUAGACGAAGACCCGACACCAAAUACCAUCUCCAGACGUGUUUCGAAUAGACACAAAAGCAUUGACAGCGAGAGGGCCCCGUCUGGCUCACCCUCGGUGAUUGGCCGCCAGUAUACUGGCGACGCUCCGAUCAUCAUAUUCUCGAACACUAAGACACAUGAAAGGAGUCAGUUGAUGAAGUUCCUGAAAGCCCAAGGUGCAAGUCGGACAGAGGAUAUCAAACUUGCAAACUUUCUCUGUGUCGGUCACGGAGAACUUCUCAAGACACCGAAAUUACUUCACAGUCUGACUCUGGGCAAGACCAUAGUCACGGACGACUGGGUCUCGCGGUCAGUCGACGCAGGCAUGUUGCUGGAAACCUCCGACUUCUUACCCGAAGAACUCAAAGCGACUAGUCAUCAUGAUCGCACUGCCAUCUUCACUGAUGAGAUCAUCUACGUCACACCCAUACAGCGUUUGGCAUACAAGAAAGGCUGGGACGAUGUCAUGGCGAUUGUAAGACAAGCUGGGGGUACCAACCCGCUUACUGGCCCUCUUUCGAAGCUCGACACCAGUACCAUCACAAUAUACAUAGGGGCAGACAAGGACGACGAUGUAGCAGCAGAGUUGCAGGAUCAAGAUGUGAAGGUGUACAAGAAGGACAUUUUGGGUGCGAGCAUCGUUCAAGGAGAACUGGUGCUAGAUGAAGAAAUGGAACUGCCUAGCAUGGAAGUGACUGUGAAAACAGAGGCCAAGACGGUGAAGCAGGAACCAAAGUCUGAGAAGAGGUCAGGUCGCAAGAAGAAGGCUUAG